CGUAAACUCAGGUUGGGACAAUAAGAACAAGAAUUGUAAUUGUAAUGUUGUACUAGCAAAUGCAGUCAAGUAGUCAAACAUUUUAUGAAUCCCGUGAUAUACACAUAUGCUGGUGAUGUUCAUAGGAGAGUGUUAAUCAAUAUCCUACAUGCAAUACUAACCAAUAGGACCAUGUUGACGCAUUCAGCCAUCGUAUGUACGAGAACGCUUGAUGAGAUAUACAAGGUAUGGAGAGCUGAAGAACAUGAAAAGAUCUAUGAAUAUGAGGGAAGUGAUGAAGAGGAAGAAGACGAAACUAGUGCUGCCGCUAAAGGAGCUGCAGCAGCUGCUUUAGCCAUGUCAGCUGCUGCCGCUGGUGGCAGUGGUCAAGGACAUCGUUUACCUAGUCAAAUCAGUCAUCACCCGCCACAGUAUCGCCAGCCAACAGAUAAACCUCAUCCUAAUCAAAUGAUUCGAUCUAGUGGUGUUUCUGACCAAAAUGAAUUUGUACCUUUUAUCCCACCGUCAGCUACAGGAUUAAACUUCAAGCAACAUACACCUUUACUGUCAAGCAGUAAUGCUGUAAGUGAUAACCUACCAGUGAAUUCUCGGUUCGUUUCACGCAAUCCUGUUUCUGCAAUUAAUAAACUGCCUGUUGCUACUCCUCAAUCAAUGAUGCCUAAUAAUAAUAGGUUAUCAAGAUUAGAUGAAGGUGAAUCAGCUACUGUGAAUGCUAAAGAGGCAGGUGAAAAUACACUACGUCAAAACUUCGCUCGUCUUCAGGAACGCGAACAUCAUCCAGCUGUAGGUGUUGCACCUCAGCGGUCUGCCAAUGGACGUUCCCAAUCAUCUGGUCAUCAUUUCCCACAACAUUCGCGACCUUUGAACAGUAGUCGUGCACCACCAGCUUAUCAUCAGUCACAGCAAUCACAACAACAGCAACAACAAAUGCAUUCAAAUCAACCAAAAUUGGGUGUUCUAGCCGCUGGAAGUCGUCUUGCUGGUGCAGGUGGCCCCUCUCCUAUAUCUUCUCAUAAUACGUCGUCUACUUCUGCGUCUAGUACAUUACUGGAUACAUGUGUAGAUAGUCAUCCGAUAUCUAGCAAUGUGACUGUGUUCACAGCUACUUCAGUUACUAGUUCGAUUAAUACACCUGUGCCAGCUAUCAGUGCAGUUGGUGGUGGCGGCAGUGGACAGCAUCCACAUCACUUCCCCCUGCAACAUCAUAGAGCAUCUGUGCCAAAUCCUCCUCUCAAUUCUUUUCAUCUAAUUGCUGUCACGUCAUCAUCAUCACCGUCGAUGCCUUCAAAUGAUGCUCUGGGUAAUUUACUUGUUUCACCAUUUCGUGCAAAACUUGCAAAUCCUGGUCCACCACCUGUCCCACUUCACCAGCAGGUUCGUAUCGGUAAUAGUGUAUUGAAUGGUGGAGGACAUGGAGUUUCUAAUGUACCAGUAUCUGGAACUAAUCAAUCUGACGAGUUAAAUGGGGUAUCAAAUCCACUUGCUGCUAGUUCACGUCAUCAGCAUAUAGUUGCACCGAAAUUCCCCUCAGCUCGUCCAACAAGUCAGCCUGUACCACAUUUAGAUCUUCGAAAGCCACCACUAGAAUCAGCUUUGCCCCAUUCAAUUAUCAGUUCAGCGAAUGCAGUCGUUAGCCAAACAAAAUUAUCGAAUAAUGUUAGUAUACCGAGUCCUGUUAAUCGAUCUAGUGGAGCUGCAAUGGCUUUCGCCGCGACAACCACAACGACUACUGCAACAAGUGGAGCUUUCAAUCCUAAUUUUAUGCGACAAUCGGUUGCAUCACAUUUAACCUCCGGGUUGAAUAAUCGAUCUCCGGUACACCAUGCAUCCUCAGUUAAUGAAAAUGCCCGAUCUCGUUCAAACAAUGCAAUGAUCUCAUCGGUAACUACUAAUACUUCUACAACUACUACAAACACUUCUGUUGUUGCUACAUCUGUGAACAAUAAUUCUAAAGUUCAUUCUGAUCAACCUGAACUCCGCUCACAUUCAAGUCGACUAGUAUCUUCACAUCUGAAUUCAAGUAUUAUGCCACAGAAGUUACAUCAUCCACAUCCUCUUCAUCAUCAACAGCAGGCACAUCAUAUAAGUGGUGGUAGUAAGAAAGCUGAGAUAUCACGUCUCGAGGAACUUGACCAAUUAGCUGCACAGUUGACAAAUUUAGGCGCCAUCUCACCUGGUCCACAUCGGCAAAACAAUGCCAACCAAUUGAAUGAAAAAUUAGAUGUUAAAAAAUCAAGUGAAAAACACCAAGAAGCCUAUGAAUACAAUGCCAACUUAGCAAAAUCGUCUGAUGAAUCAGUUGCAUCUGGUGGACCAGUUCAUUGCAAUGAACGACGUGAACGAUCCAAUUCUUCCUCAUUAUCUUCAUCAUCUACUACCUCAUCCUCUGUAUCAUCUGAAAGUGGCGGUGGUAAUCUAGACUCCCCGAUUCCAGUAAAGAAUAAACAUUCAACAAGUAAUUCAUCCACAGUGAGUAGAUCUCAUUCUCUUGGUUCUCAUCAUGAUUUUCAUUCAUCAAGUACGUGUUCUUCUACAUCUGCCUCCACUAAUUCAUCAUGUGAUUCUAAUAGGCGUGGAACUCAUGCGCAUUCUUGUAGAGUUGUACUAAACGGGAAACGUCGUACGGAGGUGGAUCCUCGUCGACUCACUGUUGUAGAGAAUGUAAACGUGCUAAAUGAUAAUAAUAGUAAUGCCAAGACAGGAAGUAAUCAGGAAACUGAUUUGAAUCAACCUGACGACCUAGAUCAAGAACUGUUAAUCACGAGUGAAAAUUAUCAAGUAGAUGAUGUAAACUCUGGAGCUUGUGGAGACGAAGAGGAAGAGGGAGUAGUCAGUGAAGAAGAUGAAGAAGAUGAAGAUGAAGGUGAUGUAAUUGUUGAGGAGGAAGAAGAAGAAAAUGGUGCUGACCUAGAAGAAGCUGAACAAUUGAGAGCUACAUUGUCUAUCGUUCGUACUCGUCAAAGGCCGUCACUCAGUCAAUUUAUGUGCAAUGGCGAUGAUGGGAAUAAUAAAGUAAUCACCAAUGAAUCAUCUAACUCUGUAGAUGAUGGUACACUGUUCACUGCAACAGUUAGCUGGCAUAAGGAAGGAACUUUACCAUCAGAUGAAUUCGCUAAAGAAACACUGUGCAGUUUAGCUUCAAUUAUCGAGUCAACAUCCGGGACAAUUGGGCGAUCUGGUUCAAACGAAAACACGCCGAGUAGACCAACAACUAAUGGUAGUGAUAAUGGAAAGUUUACAAUGUCGAAUGGCUAUCCGAAUCCAGCAGGCCCAUCACCAAUGGAUUCAAAUGUUUCACUCACUAGUUCAGCAUCUUCGAUACCGAUGAACAGAAAUGAAAAAGAAGCUGUUAUUAAACUGAAAGAAGCUCAGCCACCACCACCGCCACCGCAUUCCUCAGAUGCCGUUCAUUUUAGUCCAGGAGGUCAUAAUAAUAAGACAUCAUAUCAGCCUGUUGAUGGAAGUACAAGUAUUCUAACCAGCCAACUUUCUUUGAUGGGGCAAUUCAAUAUGGCACAAAAAAGUGGUCCACAAAUUUCUCCUCAAUCUGUUGUAGUUACAGAUUCAAAUAAAGCACUACCGAGUUCAGUUUGGUCAGUUCCGGCAAUCAGUAUUGCAGGUAACAAUCUUGGCACUCGAGUUUCAGAACCUAGUCCACGUGCAAACCAGAAGUCAAGAACUCAGCUGGAUGUACAACUUUCUCAAACGAACAGUAAUUCAUCUGGCGGUGUAGUCAAAUCUGUCGCUCUCUCCAAUCCAAUAUGUGCCAAUAUUUUAAAUUUCAGUUUACCGUCAAUCACUACAACUAAUACAGUUAUUACAACGGGUCCACAGGUCCCUACAGGUGGCAAUGUUAGUGUCGCUGGUGUAUUAACUGCUACAAAUAACCUACCGACAACAGUUAGUGGUUUAGGCAAUGACACACCUGAGAUUCAAGUGUAUAAGAAACGUUUCAAUUCAGAAAUUUUAUGUGCAUCUAUGUGGGGUGUAAAUUUACUAAUUGGUUUAGAAACCGGUCUUUCCCUGUUAGACCGCAGUGGUGAAGGUCGUGUCUACUCCUUAAUUACAAGACGAAGAUUUUCAAGAAUGGCUGUUUUAGAAGGUCAAAAUAUUUUGGUCACAAUAUCUGGUCGUAAAAACCGUGUACGUGUGUAUUAUUUAUCUUGGCUUCGAAGUAAAAUAAUGAAAACUGAAGGGUGUGACAAAAAGAACGGUUGGGUUAAUGUUGGUGAAAAUUUACAAGGUGCUGUACAUUUCAAAAUUGUUAAAUAUGAAAAAAUCAAAUUUCUUGUCAUUGCGUUGAGGGAUUCCGUGGAAAUUUAUGCUUGGGCACCUCGUCCUUAUCAUAAAUUUAUGGCUUUUAAGAGAUUUUCUGAACUUAAGCACCGACCAUUACUUGUGGAUUUAACUGUUGAAGAGAAUACACGAUUAAAAGUUAUCUAUGGUUCAUCUAGUGGAUUUCAUGCGAUUGACUUGGACUCGAAUACAGUGUUUGAUUUGUAUAUUCCUUCAUUGGUUAGUUCUCAAAUUACGCCUCAUUGUAUAGUGGUCCUUCCCAAUACGGAUGGAAUGCAAUUGCUUUUAUGUUAUGAUACUGAAGGUGUUUAUGUAGAUACUAAUGGAAAACUAACAAAAAAUGUUGUUAUUCAAUGGGGUGAGGUUCCAACUUGUGUAGCCUAUAUAUCCACCGGUCAACUACUUGGUUGGGGUUUAAAAGCGAUUGAAGUAAGGUCAGCUGAAACUGGACAUUUAGAUGGUGUAUUCAUGCAUAAACGUGAACAGAAAUUUAAAUUUCUUUGUGAACGUAAUGAUAAGGUUUUCUUUUCGAAUACAAGAUCUGGUCCACCUCAAGUAUCUAUGAUGACUCUUAGUGGGAUACAUUGGUAA